AUGGAUUCAGAACACGAUUCCAACAUUGUCUCGGGGGAUCACGAAGACCAGCCUCCUGUAAACAAGAAAAUGAAAAAAACACCUGUUCCCCGGAAACCUGCAUGUCAACCCUGUCGUCGACGCAAGGUUCGUUGUGACAACAGUCAGCCAGCCUGUGGCUUCUGCUCUGCGAACGGAACUGAAUGUGUCUACCCAACCCGCGGAGAUGAUGGAACCAAGCAAGAUCUUGGAAAGGUCUUGGAGCGAUUAGACACUCUGUCGCAAACAGUCGAGAACAUUCAGCAUUUUCUCACCUCUCAACAUCACCCUCAGCCAACGGCUCAGCCACACGAGGAGCCCGAAUCUCGGUCUGUGAGCAUUCCCGUCAGAGCGGCAGACUGGCAGAGGGAUUACUUGCAGAUUCCAGCCUCUCGGUGCAGCGCGGAUACGGUCCUCACAUGGCCUAUCUUCGGUGGGAGGUUUCGGGAAAGCUUUUUGAUCACCACUUUGUUCCAGUAUACCCAUGGGGUCGCCGGGGACCGAGCAGCUGACGCAUGGGCUGUUCCCGAUGGCCUCCGAUUCACACCUGAUGAUCAGAUUCCGACUCUGGUUGAUCAAUUCAUCCAGAAUGUUCACACCAAGAACCCGAUCUUAGACCUAGAGUCACUCAUUCGCUCGGGAAGGCAUGCCGCGGAAGUCGGUUUACAAUGGGAUGCGCAAUCUUGCCUCGUGCUCUUGGCUUGUGCUUUGGGUUGCAUCUCGCAACCCUUCACUUUGUCUACUCAGGGCCACCAAAAUGGCAGCCCUUUCCCUGAUCUGUCAGAGCAGAAUGUGGACAAUCGCAAAUCUACCUCAGCUACUCAACUGGGUGAAGGCGAGGCGUUUUUCACUUUGGCGUGCAGACGAAUUGGUCUCUUGCGAUACUCAGUGAUCGGUGCACAGUGUCACUUCUUUGCUGGAGCUUGGAACCAUUUUUACCAAGCAUCUACGUUCUACCGCCUACGCCUGAGACUCAUCGACGGUCUCGAUAAGUCGGCCUAUGAGCAUGAAGCUGAACAGCAGGAGGCAUCCGUGGCUCGCCGCCUGGAGCAAAGCCUUUAUUGGUCAUGUUUCAAAUCUGAAGUCGAAAUCCGUGUCGAGUUACCAUUGCCGCAAUCCGCCAUCGCGGAAUAUGAGUACCCGGCGCUGUUCCCCACACCUCCAACCUUGCCAGACAAGUACCCGAAUGGCGAAGAUGAUCCCUCUGGUGGGACCAGCUCUGGCACAGCUCCAUGGUCGCUGGACGGGGAACGCUCCAAUAUUCCUCCCAGAGGAAUAUACAAUCACAUCACGAAUCUGUUCGAUGAACAACAGAGCUGGUACUAUUAUCUAACAGAAGUGGCCCUCAGACGCAUCGGAAAUCGAGUUUUGAACGCUUUCUAUCGUGAAGAGCCAUCAGCAUGGUCAAACAUCAAACCUUUCAUUGCAAUAGCCUUCGAAUUUGAGUCUCAAAUCAAUUCCUGGCUUGCAAAUCUUCCCCCGACAAUGCGGUUCUACGAAUCCGACGUGAGGUUCGGGGGUGCAAGACGAGGAAGCGCGACGGACCUCGGCGAAUCCAUCUCGCUUGAGCUUAGCUGGGCAGUGAGCAACAGAUUCCUUGAGAUCCGUCUCUGGCUCUACCAGCCAUUCUUGUACUUUGCCGUGCACCGAAUGAGCACAAAUACAGGAAGCUCUUCACUGACCAAUGACGAGUUCAACCUUGUGCAAGGCUUCGUGGAUUCCGGGCUGAACUGCUGUAUGAAGAUUCUCCAAGCCCGAUGCCUACGGCACCGCCACCAUGGCAUUUGGUUUGACUUGCGAGCUGUGGUCACGGCAUCUUUGGUAUUUAUCGCGUUGGCGCGGAGUGGGAAUCUCAGCCUUCCAAACAUUCACCCAGAUGGGUUGCGAAGCCACUUGGCUCCAACGCUUGACGCUUUACACUACUGGGAGGAUGAAGCUCCUGACAUCAAGAAAGCGCGAGAAACCUUGUACGAUUUACUCCGUGAGUUUGACUAG